AUGUCUGGCAGAGGGAAAGGAGGCAAAGGACUGGGCAAAGGCGGAGCCAAGCCGCACCGUAAAAUGCUCCGUGAUAACAUCCAGGACAUCACCAAACCGGCCAUCCGCCGUCUGGCUCGCCGUGGCGGCGUCAAGCGGAUCUCGGGUCUGAUCUACGAGGAGACCCGCGGGGUGCUGAACGUUUUCCUGGAGAACGUGAUAUGGGAUGCGGUCACGGUCACUGCCAUGGAUGUGUUGUACGCUCUGAAACGCCAGGGCCGCACUCUCUAUGGCUUCGGCGGCUGAAAAACUCUCACUUC